AUGACUGAUUAUCAUUGUCAUCAUCCUUUAGAGCCCAAGAGAGCUUUUAAAACCCUAGAUGAUUGGUUGAGUGCCCUUCCUGAUGACAUUCUUUUUUAUAUUCUGUCAUUUUUCCGUAUUAGAGAUGCUGCACGAACAUCAGUACUGUCCACCAGGUGGAGAUACCUUUUUGUUCAGCUUCCUGAUGUUGAUCUUACUUUCUCUGAAGCACAUAAGUGUAAUUUCAUGGAUAAGCAUCCUACAUUGUGCUAUCAUGCCAGAAAUAAGAGUGGCAUGUUACUCUGUAAGUCCAUAAAAUUUAUCAAUUUCGCCAAUCGAGUAAUUAUGCUACGAAAAGGGGAAUUUAAACUCGUUUUGAAGCCUGUUAUCCCGAAUAUUAGUGUGGCAAUCGACUCGUUGAUAUUUGCUGCACUUUCGUGUAAACUCCAAGAACUUGAUAUAUUUAUUGGUAGCGAUGAAAUUGGAAUUCAAUCUUGUGCUGCAAUAUUCUCUUGCAGAACGUUAGUUACUUUGAAAGUAGCCAAUGGUGAGGUCGAUUUGGUUCUGCCAGAUUCAGUUUAUUUACCAUAA